UCUAGGACCACGAUAUUUGCCACCCUCGGACUCUUCUGUCACGGAUCUUUUGAUGAUUUUAAGUCCGAGCGAGAGAGAGAGAUGCAUCAAGUCUCAUACGACUGAGAAAGGCUCCUAAGCCACGUUGCUCAAUUGACUAAUGCUCUGUUUGCUAACGUUACAUGUGUUUGAAGAUGUGCGCGACAUCACACACGUUCUCAACUAUGACUACCCCAACAACUCGGAGGACUACGUUCACCGUAUUGGUAGAACUGGUCGUGCCGGUGCCAAGGGUACCGCCAUCACCUUCUUUACCACUGACAGUAAGUUACAUUUUCCAUCACAGAUGGUCUGGUCGAAGCAUAAUGCUAACAUGUCACCUCUUGCAGACUCCAAGCAGGCUCGUGACUUGGUCACCAUUCUCACUGAGGCCAAGCAGCAGAUUGACCCCCGUCUCGCCGAGAUGGUCCGCUACAGUGGCGGCGGUGGUCAUGGCCACGGUGGCUAUGGCCGCUGGGGUGGCCGUGGUGGUGGCCGUGGCCGCGGCAACCACUUCACUGCUUCCAAUGCUGCUCCUCUUGGUGGCAACCGUCGCUGGUAACCUUUUGACCUCGCUGCUCAGUUCAUCCACUGAGCUUGUAUUCCAUUCUCACAUCGGUAGACGUUCAUUUUCCUUCGCAUGAUUCCUUUUUCGUAACCACGGUACGGGCGGCGUUCGUCGAUAUCACGAUAGACUAUUC